GGCAGGAUGGGAGGGGAAGCCAGGAAAGUGAUCUUCUUAGCUUGAGAGCAGACUGGCGGUGAGAGGACAGGACAGAUUCACAGCUCAUAAGUCCAAUGACACAUCAAGGGUAACAGGAACAUCCUCUUUUUGCUUUCUUAGAGCCUCUUUCAUUUCUUCCCCAUCACCUGGAUUCAGUGGGUGGCUGUGGGUUAGGGGCAUAUGGGUUGCCAUUAGGACGGUGGCAGGCGAGGCGACUCACGAUGGCCGUGGCUUUGGACGCAGUGUGGGUGAGGGUGAAGAAUGUCUGCAGACAGAACGGACUCCUCAUCCUGUCGGUGCUGGCUGUGGUCAUUGGAUGUCUGCUGGGAUUCUUCCUGAGGACGAGGUGUCUCACAGAGCAGGAGGUGAAGUACUUCCAAUUCCCAGGGGAGCUGUUGAUGAGGAUGCUAAAAAUGUUAAUUCUCCCCCUCGUAGUGUCCAGCUUGAUGUCAGGACUUGCAGCUCUAGAUGCCAAGUGUUCCAGCCGGCUCGGUCUGAUCACAGUGUCUUAUUACCUAUGGACCACGUUUGUGGCUGUGAUUGUGGGUAUCGUCAUGGUCUUAAUCAUCCACCCGGGUGGUGCAGCCCAGAAAGAACACUCUGAGGACAGUGGCAAGGCUAUUAUGAGUUCUGCUGAUGCUUUGCUAGACCUCAUCCGCAACAUGUUUCCAGAUAAUCUGGUUCAGGCCACAUUUCAACAGUAUAGAACAAAUAGCGAGUCCCUUGUGAAACCCAAGCCGACGGUGAGUCAGGUCCAAUCAGAAGUCACCACAACACAGCGAGCGCUCGUUUAUGGCGUCCAGGAUGAUAACGGCACUGACAUCCAGAACUUUGCACUUGACCUGACUCCACCCCCUGAUAUGCUAAUAAGCACACGAAAAGGAACAAGCGAUGGAAUGAAUGUCCUUGGGAUUGUCAUCUUUUCAGCUACAAUGGGUAUCAUGCUUGGAAGGAUGGGUCCAAAUGGAAGCACAUUGGUUAAUUUCUGCCAGAGCCUGAAUGAAGCUGUUCUCAAAAUUGUGGCCAUUGUGAUCUGGUACUUCCCGUUUGGCAUCGUGUUCCUGGUGGCUGGUAAGAUCUUGGAGAUGAGUGAUCCAUCAGCCAUGGGGAAGAAGCUUGGUUUUUAUGCAGUCACUGUGGUGUUUGGUUUGGUGCUGCACGGAUUAUUCAUCCUGCCAGCAAUGUACUUCUUCAUUACCAAAAAGAGUCCCAUUGUGUACAUACGUGGAAUCCUGCAAGCCCUGCUCAUUGCUCUGGCAACCUCGUCAAGCUCUGCCACUUUGCCUAUAACAUUCAAGUGCCUCUUAGAGAACAACCACAUCGACCGCCGUAUCAUUCGUUUUGUGCUCCCCGUGGGAGCCACCAUCAACAUGGACGGCACUGCUCUCUAUGAAGCCGUGGCAGCCAUAUUCAUCGCACAGGUCAAUAAUUACGAGCUGGACUUUGGUCAGAUCAUCACCAUCAGCAUCACCGCAACUGCAGCCAGUAUCGGUGCAGCAGGAAUCCCACAGGCUGGACUGGUCACCAUGGUGAUUGUGCUGACAUCCGUUGGGUUGCCAACCGAUGACAUCACCCUCAUCGUGGCAGUAGACUGGGCACUGGACAGAUUCCGCACCAUGGUGAACGUAAUGGGGGAUGCUUUGGCCACGGGCAUCAUGGCACACAUCUGUAAGAAAGAGUUCAUGAAAGAGGGAGAUGGGGUGCCUUUGAUUUGUGAGAGUAAAACCACAAUGAACACUCCGCCUCUGAUGAACUGUCACAACAGCAACAGCAAUCACCGACUGCUGUCCUCCGGGGUCAAACCUGCUGCUGUCUCUCCUGAAGUGACCCGACUCAUACAGCUGGAGGAGGGCUUCCGGCCGCCGGUGGAAAAGAAGAAACCUUUGAUGGCUCCCAGGCACCUGAAGAAAGGCAAAAAGUACUGCACAAUCGACAUGAAUGGGCUGGAGACCAACGUAUAGCAUCCUGGUGGUGUUUCCUGCAAAGUUGGAUUAAAACCUGAGAACAAAAGGCCGUUUGUACAGAUGGAAAAACAACAACAACAAAAAAAUCUUGUCUUACUGAUGGAUCAAAACACACCGGUGACAAGAGGACGUGAAUAUUACAGGAAGCUGUUGGCUCGGCAUCCUGUGAGACUGAAUAUAAUCAUGUUGACAGUGGACUUUAUGACACCAAAA